AUGUCGAUACCUACUGACGCUCCAGCGGCCUCCGCCCCUGCCGCUGCAGCUUCUGUUUCUGCUCCUGCUCCUGCUCCUGCUCCUGCUCCUGCUCCUGCUCCCGUCGCACCGGCGCCCGCCGCUCCCGUUGCCCCCGUUGCCCCUGCCGCCGACCCCGCCCCUGCCGCCGCCCCCGCCCCGACCAGUGCCACCGCCCCACCUGCGCCUGCUCACGCUGACGCUGCCUCUGGCGCCGCCGGAACUGGUGGGAUCCUGCAGCAGGCUAAAGACUACCUCGAGCAGGUCGACAAGACGGCCAGACCGUACCUUGAGAAGGCGCAGGCUGGCGCUAAGCCUUACGCCGACGCCGCGAUGGCUAAGGGCCAAGAGUUGAAGGACUACCUAGAGGGCAAGGGCCAAUACGACCAACACAAGGACCACCCCCAGCGCCACCAGACGCAGCGCGAGGGCGACAUGUAUGGCGUUGGCGGUAAAACUGUCGCUGAUGGGUCCGCUGGCGCUGCUGAGCCCGGGUCAUACCCUGCUGCUCCUCCCCAGAGCCUUGGGCAUAAGGCGCUGGGCAUGUUCGACUACACGCUGGGGUCGGUGAAGACUGCCUUCAACACGAUCGGCGAAAGCAUGAGCCCCAAGGCCGCGACGUCUGAGAACCCCAUCACCGGCCAGGCCAGGGACCCUGCCGCGGUCCAGAAGCCGGAGGGCGAGCUUGCCUCGGGUGCAGGUGUUGGCGCGGCAGCCGCAGACGCUGCUGCUGGUGUUACGGCCGCUCAGGCUGCUCCGUCCGCCGACGCGCACCCGGUGAUGACGACGACAAACACGGUCGAGCACAACAGCAAGGACGGCGACCCGGCCCACGACUACGCCAGUUUCCCACCGCUUAGCGCCUCGCCUCGCAUCUCGCGCGCGCGAACCCACGUCGCCGUCGAUCGCCGACUCCUUCGCCGCACAGCAGCGCCGAAGCCCGAGACCGAGCCCGUGGACAGUUCACGCGUCUUAAUCCACUCGCUUUUCCACUCUUCCACCUAA